GGAAAUGACGCUCAGCUAGCGGACGGAAGUACUAUGGCAGUGACGUUUUUCUCACUGGCGGCUAUGAAGUUUCGAGCGAAAAUUGUGGAUGUCGGUUGUUUGAAUCAUUUCACUCGUAUAGUGAAUACGAUAUCAAAGCUCACAAAAACAUGUAUUUUAAGACUUAGUUCUGACAAGCUUUUCUUCAUCUUAUCUGACAAAGUUGCUAGUGGAGGUGUUGCUAUGUGGUGUCAGCUAUUUCAGGGCAAUUUUUUUGAUGAAUUCCAGAUUGAAGGUGUAUCAGCUGAAUAUAAUGAAAUUUAUCUGGAACUAACACCUGAAAACCUCUCAAGGUCAUUGAAAACUUCCCAGAAUGCAAAAGCUGUGAAAAUAAAACUGACCAUGAAGCAUUGUCCAUGCAUUACCAUUGCUGUGGAACUGCCAUCACUUUCUCACCACAGUCGCAUUGUUACACAUGACAUUCCUGUUAGCAUUAUCCCCAGAAAGCUUUGGAAUGAUUUUGAAGAACCCAGUGUUCCAGAUUUUGAUGUCAGUAUUUAUCUCCCAGUACUGAAGACCAUGAAGAGUGUUGUGGAAAGAAUGAAGAAUCUUUCUAACCAUAUUGUAAUUGAAGCCAAUCAGAAUGGAGAAAUGAAUUUGAAAAUUGACACUGAUUUGGUGUCUGUCACAACACAUUUUAAGGAACUUGGGAAUCCUCCUUGGGUUGAAGAAGAAACCCAAUCUUAUUCUUUCCAAAGAAGAGAUUCAACAAAUAUGGCUAAAGCAAAGAUUGAUAUCAAGAGGCUUCUACAGUUUCUUGCUGGGCAACAGGUCAAUCCAAGCAAGGCUAUAUGUAAUAUAGUGAAUAAAAAAGUUAUUCAUUUUGUUUUGCUACAUGACGAUGUCUCUCUUCAGUACUUUAUACCUGCUCUUGCAUAAGAAGGUAGCUAUCAACAUUUAACUACGUUGUGGGCUCUUGUGGAAUUAUUGCACUUUCUUGAAAAGACUGAGCAACCUUGCAAAGAAGAUGACUCCACUAGCUGAGAAUUAGCGCAAGCAUUGUAGUUUUUACAAGAAAUGUGUAAGCUUUAAAACUUGGAAAAAUGAUUGCAAGAUGAAAACAAAGCCUGACAGCAUUUCAGACUCAGCAAGAUAAAUAUCUCUCUUCAGCAAAUUAGAACAUUGUCUUAUUGACUAUAGAUGUUCAAAAGUUUCUUAAUUUAAAUAAGUGUAUAUUCAACUCAAGUGUUUAUCAUAUUGUUAUAUAUUUUUUUCCAGAGUAAAAGAAUCACAUUUUUUAUCAACUUAAGAUCUACUUUUCCUCUGUGCUCAUGUUUCCUGAAUAACCAAGGAAUGUGCCGACCAUACUGUGCCUACUCUAAUAAGUUGCUGCAAUGUGUUUACUGUUUCACCAACAGUUGUGUUAACAAAAAUAUUGGUACUUGUAUCAUUAUUUCUUCACAGUUGUUAUGUCCUGACAGUUUCUUUGUUCAUCUUCCCUGUUUUCAUGUACACGGAUAGUUUUGGUUUUGUAACCACUCAUUCAGCAAUAAAAUAAAUGCUAAGUUAGUAG